CGCCGCCGCCGCCGCUCCAUGGCCUGAAUGAAGACCGCCUGCACCUCCUAUCGAUGCCUCACCAAAGAGCUGGACAGCUGCGCCAUGAACCCGGAGACGCUGAGCCUGGAGACGCUGGGCCCCUUGCACGGCGGGCCCUCGAGCCAUGAGCAGGAGCUGAUGGGCAGCCCCAGCCCGCACCACCACCCCUCGAGCCGGAGCGCCGGGGCGCUGCGCGUCCACCCGCCGGGGCCGCCCGGGCCGCCCGGGCCGCCGCCGCCUUCCCACCAGGACCUGGCGUCCGCCUCGUCGCGCUCGGCCAUGGUGAGCAGCAUGGCCUCGCUGCUGGACGGGGCAGGGGACUACCGGGCCGAGCUCUCCAUCCCGCUGCACCACGCCAUGAGCAUGCCCUGCGACUCGUCGCCGCCCGGCAUGGGCAUGAGCAGCACCUACACCACGCUGACGCCGCUGCAGCCGCUGCCGCCCAUCUCCACGGUCUCGGACAAGUUCCACCACCCGCACGCCCACCACCACCACCACCACCACCACCACCACCCGCACGGCCACCCCCACCACCAGCGCCUCUCCGCCGGCAACGUCAGCGGCAGCUUCACCCUCAUGCGCGACGAGCGCGGGCUGCCCGCCAUGAACAACCUCUACGGGCCCUACAAGGAGAUGCCCGGCAUGGGGCAGAGCCUCUCCCCGCUGGCCGGCAGCCCGCUGGGCAACGGCUUGGCCUCCCUCCACAACAGCCAGCAGGGCCUCCACGGCUACGGCGCCGCGGGCCACGACAAGAUGCUGAGCCCCGGCUUCGACGCCCACGCGGCCAUGCUGGCCCGCGGCGACCAGCACCUCUCGCGGGGGCUGGGCACCCCUCCGGCGCCCAUGAUGUCCCACCUCAACGGGAUGCACCACCCCAGCCAUCCCGGCGGCGGCGGCAGCGGGGGCGGGGGCGGCGGGCACCCCCCGCCCCACGGGCCCGUCCUGGCCUCGGGCCGGGAGAGGCCGCCUUCCUCUUCCUCGGGGCCCCAGGUCAACAGCUCGGGCCAGUUGGAGGAGAUCAACACCAAAGAAGUGGCGCAGAGAAUCACUGCAGAGCUGAAGCGCUACAGCAUCCCGCAGGCCAUCUUCGCCCAGAGGGUGCUGUGCCGCUCUCAGGGGACUCUUUCAGACCUUCUAAGGAACCCUAAACCUUGGAGUAAACUGAAAUCGGGCAGGGAGACCUUCAGGAGAAUGUGGAAAUGGCUGCAGGAACCCGAGUUCCAGAGGAUGUCAGCCUUGAGACUAGCUGCAUGCAAACGCAAAGAACAAGAACCAAACAAAGAUAGGAACAACUCCCAGAAGAAAUCUCGUCUGGUUUUCACUGAUCUCCAACGCAGAACACUUUUUGCCAUCUUCAAAGAGAACAAACGUCCAUCCAAAGAAAUGCAGAUCACCAUCUCUCAACAGCUGGGCUUGGAACUUACCACGGUCAGUAACUUCUUCAUGAAUGCUAGGAGGCGGAGUCUCGAGAAAUGGCAGGAUGACUUGAGCACCGGGGGAUCCUCCUCAACCUCCAACUCUUGUACCAAAGCAUGAUCGAAGAACAGAAUCUAAAUUGGGCACAACUCAACUAAUAUAUACUAAAAGGAAUGGAUUCUUAAUGGGGCCCUUCACUGGUGAUUUGAGAGCACAAUUCUCUUACACAAUAAUACUGAUUUACAGCAUGGGACAUUUAAUUGAAUUUAAGUGACGAUUAGUAUUUUUUUAGGGGGGGUAGUUAUUUGUUUGAUGUGCAGGUCAAAAAUACUUUUAAAGGCAGUCUAAGCAUGUCUGAAACAGAAGUAGGUCAUUCAUGACCCAAAUUAAUCCAGGGCCAACAUGACAGAGCCAAUCAAAGGUUGAAGUAUUCAUUUGCUUUGAGAGCCAGAAAAACCAGCCAACAAAAUGGCUCCCAACUUAGCAGAUUGUUCACCAAAAGAAAUCCAAAUAUGUCUGACCUAAUUUUGUUUUCUGGAUGCUUAGACUCUCCGCACUACUAUACCAAAGCUCACAAACAUUGAAACACACGAGUACUGAGCACAAACUUUAACUAGACCUAAGAACAUUGGGUUUUUAUUUUAGGAACUCAGGCAUUGUUACAUUGAAUCUUUUCAGAAUGAUCCGAUUUAACGCAUUUGGCUUUUCUUUCUUUUUUAAAAUGUUGUCUAUGGACAUAUUAGUCUUGGAUCAGUACGAUUCAGUUCCCUUGAACCCAAACUAUCAAGCACAAAAACGAUAGAUGUAGAAGACAGGAACUGCUCUGGACUCUUUGCCUGUUUUUACAAGACGUGCUCAGAGUUGGGGGGGGUGUUAGUGAACAUGUUGGUUUCAAGCACACUUUUUGCAGACCUUCACAAUUUCUAUUUGUACAUAGUACAGACACACACUCAGGAAGGCAAUCUAGAUACUACCACACAUAGAGCAAAUGCAACACUUCAAAAGCUCUAGAUUUUUUUUUAAAAAAAAGAAACAAUCAUUAAUAAGUUUGUUUGUUUUAGUUCCGAUGCAUCUCAUUUCAUCACGUCAUUAUUGUCCGAGUACACUAAGAAUACCGGGGUGUUUGGGGGUGUUUUUUUUUAACCGCGUCAAUUCUGUAUUCGAGUUAGUUGGUGUUUUCAGGCAGGAAAAUGAAGUAAAUGCCUUCACAGUGUCACUGCCCACUGGGGCACUUACGUAACUAUGAUCUCCAAGUCUGUUACAUGGAUAAAACCAUCUUCACCUACCACUUUAUGUAAGAAUGCAACACACCAAAGAUGCAGGAUACUGCAAGCCAAAGACCAUUAUACCUUGCCAUUUUCUAACAUCAUUGUUGUCGGUGUUGUCGUCCUCAUCGUCAAUGUAGUCAGAUUUUGAAUAUGUUAGAAAUCAACAUCGGUCAAAAUACAGCUCUCUUUCAGUUCCCCCUUCCAGCGAGCUGAAAGAGACGAUGUUCUCAAGUGAAGUAACAACAGUAACUUUUAACCACGCUAGGGUACCAAUGUUCACCUAAUGACACAUUCACACCAUCUUGCUCAUCAGAAUUGCUCUGGUCAGAUAAUGUGCAUAUUUACCAGUGAAUAGCCCCCUUUUCCUUGGAACACCACUUGAGUGUUCAAUAGCAAGCCAAAUGCUGUAACGAUCCUUUAAAGACACUUGAGACUCUUUUAUGUACUACUUAAUCGAAACCAAAGAAACUUUUUCUGCACCUACUUCUUCUGCAACAAACUGUUCCAUUUAGGGAGAGAAAAAAAAGAAAAGAAAAGUAAUGAAUAAUAAUUAAAAAAAAAAAAAAACCAAAAUAAGGAAAGCACGUCAGGAAACAAACCAAUGAUAACACACUGUGUUUUGACAGACAUCUUGGGACAUUUUUAGGAAGCAGAGUUCAAAGAAAGGGUUGACAAGAAAGGAAACGAAUGGAAAAGCCAACGGGAUUGCUGCUUCAUUUGACAACUCAGUAAUCUUAAAGUUGAAGAUUGUCUUUAAUUUGUGCCUAUGCAGUUUUUUCAAAAGAACAAGGAACAGAGCAACCGAGACCUCAACAGCUACAAUACCAAAGAAUGAGGAUUUCUCACGACUUUUAGUUCAGUUCAUUAUCUCUCCUUGCACAGCUAAUAUGCUUAUAGCACCAUUGACCUGUGUAAAGGUAAAUUGAUUCUGUUUCUUUUGAGCAACAACAAACAAACACACAAAAAGGAUGAUUUUUUUAAGUUCUUUUCUUUUUUCCAGUUUCUGCUCCCACAUGGAAUCUUCUCAAAGAUCCCAUGGGCUCCAAGUAAAAGAUGUUGGGAUACUAAGCUAAACCAAAUCUUCUCUAAAACAGAGCUGGUGUGUGAGGAACAUCUUACUAGUUAAAUGCUAAAUUUGGUUCAAUGCCAUUGUGUAUGUUUCAUGCUUUUGAAAUGAUGGUCCAAGCAACAGGGGUUGAAGGAAAAGUUUUGUGCGAAUGCAAAUGAAAUGACAUUUUGUUGUUUGAUACUGGAAUAAUCUCAUACGAAUGCUAAUUAGUUCUUUGUCAGAUCUUCAGGCAGUUUGACUUUGUUAUUCAAUAUGAUUCACAUGUCCAUUGAUUUUUGGCCAUCCAAGUCCAGAUCUUUCUAUUAGAUUAGUGUUUAUCAAACUAAGAAAGUAUGCCACCAAUCUACUAGGGCCGUAGAUAGACCUAAGGUUUAUCCCAGGAUUGUCCUGGGGUCAAACCUGUUCAUCUAACUGCCACACAGGACAUCCAGCGCUCAAGCAGGGAUGAAUCCAGGAUGAUCCUGAGUUAAACCUUAGGUCUAGCUACGGCCUAGAUCUUCUGUCAUCCCUCUCCAUAGCAGGUCCCAAACCCCUAUGCUGCUUCAGCCCAUCUGUCUAGUUCAUACAUCAUCACACUGCACCACUUUUUCCCUCUGGCUCCCGUGAUGUUUCUAAUCCUUUUAUAAUAACCCAUCAACGGAAUUCUGCCUUCAUUCGGAACAUAUGGUUAAUUCUAGUCUAAGAGCUAGAUAUGAAAUUUGCUUAACCACUAUAUUCAAAAUCCACCUCUAGUCACCAGCUAUGGCGUGAACCACCUCCAAGGCACUUACAACCAUUUGGAAGGGUAUUGAUUUGCCAUUUGGGAAUCAAUGACCUAAGCUUGAUAGGUAGCUGAAGACAUUGACAUGCUGGUACCAUUAAAAUCAAUAUGAUUAUUUCUAUCAAAUACAAAGAUUUCAGUGGCAAACCUCCCAUUGGUUUGAAUGGUGCUGGACUAUACCCUUAGUUCUAACCUAUCAUUACCUAUGAUUUUUCCCUUUUGGGCUGCUAAAAUUUGUUUUUUUUUUAAAAUAAAAACUAAAUAAAGCAAAAAGCAAACUUUCUUUCAAAAAAGAAAAAAAGAAUAGUUAUGAUUAUUUUCUUUUUGAAAAAGAAUUUGGAACCCUAGUGCCAAUACAGCAAACAUGAUUCCUCCAUGAGAAAGAGGAGUUCAAAAAGAACCUUUGUUGCAAAAUUUUGCCUGAAGACACAAAACAAAAGCCCCUGAAAUUCAGAGGAGCUUGGUGUGAAAGGUGGAUUUUACUUCGUAUCAAAAGAAGCAAAAUUUAUGACUGAAAAAUCUACAUUUCCCCUUCUAACAAUCUGAUCCUAAGGAUUGUGAAGGCAGUAAUUCCAUGCUGGGACUGAGGUCUACCCAUUGCUGCAGUGACUCAUUGUAGAACAUAAUACUGCCGGAGUUUUGCAAAGACUGAACAGCAACUUUGCAGAUAGGCUGUCUUGUGUAAGUAAAUAUGAUCACAAUGUUAAUAUAAAGUGCUGUGAUUUGGCCCAUCCCUACACAACUCUUUUAUACCUUGGGUCAUUUUUGUAAUCUAUAAUGUUCACUUAGGCAAUACUGUUGACUCCCCCCGCCUUAAAUACUUCUCAGAUUUUCUGACUUAUUGGGAAUGCUAUUUCUUACCUGUUCAAAGAUUACCCUUUGUUUCUCCUUUGCUUGCAAAGGAAGGACAGGUGUACUGUCUUUCUAACCAUCCAUGUUGGAAUCAGUGAUCAUGUGUCUAUAGAACAGCCUUCCCCAAUGCGAUGCCUCCGAAUGUGUUGGACUACAGUUCCCAGAAUUCCCAGCCAGAAUUCUGGCUAGGAAUUCUAGGAGUUGUAGCACAACAUAUUUGAAGGGCCCCAGGUUGGGAAAGUCUGCCGUAGAAGGACAAUCUGACAUUGAAUAUGGUUUCUUCCUGUUCCUAGGAAAUUCUUUCUACAAGUCCUCAUCCGCUGAGCAACCCCAGAACCUCCAUCCUAAAACCAUUCUGCUUGCAAAGGAUUCUGGGGAGUGUCUUAAGGUCCAUGCUCAGUUCAAGCUGCACACUGGCCAGGUUUCACUGUUGCCCUGCAUGAACCGAGAGUGUACCCUAUACAACACCCAACUCCUCCCCUGUGGCUGAACAUGGCAGGAAAACAUUAGCAGAGAUAAUCCAGCUGCCUUUUCUUGGCUGACAUGCCUGAUCUAGAAUCUCUUUUGAUUCUUUUCUCACAGUUGUCAAUGUGGGGUAAUUUUUAAUAUUCAAAUGCUUACUCUGUAGAUCACCUUCCACUGACAGAUGCAAUCUUGUCAAUUGCAGGAGGAGAUGUUGGAUUAUUUAUUAUAUGAUGUAGGCAUGGUAUCCUAUCAAUUGGCACCAUGUCAAUUACAGAGAUUUUGCAUGCAUUUAAAUUGCUGCCAGAAGGAUGUAAGGGAGUUACUGCAUAGGAGAAUUUCUCUCUUUACCUGGGGCCAAGAGACUCUUGCACUGAUAUUUAAAGUUUUUAAACCCUUUUCCAUACAAAUAAUAUUUUGCAAGAUUAUCCUUGGUUCCACCCCUGCCUUCAGCUUGUUUUUUGCACUCCCUCAUGGGGUUUCCCUUCUCUUCCUGCCCCUGUGCUGUGGGCCAGAAUCACCAGAUUGAAACAGUAUCAGAACAAGAUGCUUGGUCCUCAACAUAGAAAUGUAAUAAAUAAAUAAACAUAACUUAUUGACAAAGAUAUGGACAAGAUCUAAUAAUAACCAUACCAUAUAGACACACACCCAAAAAGUACAACCUGUGCUCAGCUGUCUAUGGAGAGACCAGAAGAAACUAGAUAUUGGGUCUAAGCUUCCUAUCCAAAGAGGAUUUUAGUUUCUGUGAACCACAAAUCAUGCAACAAAUGAACAUUUUCAGUUCUGUGGUUUGCAGGCAAGUAGCCUAUAGCUGACAACAAUCUAGUUUAACGAAAGAAUUGUGGAGGAGACACACAAAUUUAAGACAUUAAUGGAGAUGUAUUCAGUUUUAUCCAAGCAUUUGGAUGUGCUGGAUGUUCAAUAAGAACCAUAUAUCAGAUGCAAGAUCAUUGCAUAUUGAUUGGCUUGCCACUGCUUUUGCUCAUAUUAACUAGGACAACACAUUCCACUUCUACCCAGGCAAAACUUGUAUGGGUGAUUACACCUGGCAAAAAAAGUCUAGAGAAGUAAGUAAAAUGGCAUUAUGUGCAUUACAAACAUGGUGUGCUUCCCCCAACAAUCCAAUGAGUUGCAGUUGGGUAGAAGUGCUGAGAAAUCUCCAUUAGAGAUCUUUAGCCCCCUAACAGAACUACAAUUCCCAGGGUUCCUUGGAGAAACUACUUUAAGUUAUGACAUUGGAUAUUUUUUCAUACAUUCUUCUUCAAUGAUAUUUUUUAUGGCUCUAAACAGGGGUGCAUUUUUGUGACAAGAUGUAUUUAUUGCCACACAAUACGACUUUCAUUUCCUCUUUUACUCUAUUUUUAGCUAGUGCAUAGGUCAGAACAAUAAAGAGUCCAGAAGUCUCACUGGGAUUUGUCACCUAGGGUAAGGCAAUCACAGGAUGUCUUUUGGCCAACAAAAGUGCAUGCAUAGAGCCUUCACCGGCAUUGCACUGGGUUCUUGUGGUCAGCACUGACAUUACACGCACACAUGCACUGCAGGAUUCCCUAGGAACGGGCAGAAAGGAACUAUGGAGGGCCAAGUCAUUACAGGAAGAGGACAAGGAAAACUAGCAAAGCCCAGAAAUUACUAUAGCUUCAGGUCCCUGGUUACUGCAGCUUUAUGUUUUGGUUAGGAUUGGAGUGCCCAAGUGUUUAAAGAAUAUGCUUUGUGCACAAAUAUAUAUUUCCAUGGAUCCAUGUGUUCCUGUCCAAUGGAUAGAUUUACCAGUGGUCCCUAUCCUAAAUUGGGCCAUCAAUUUUCAUAUUGAAGAAAAGGGAUAAUCCCAAAUUGUGUCCAGUCAAAUCCUGACAUCUGGUGUGUCUAGAAAGGCAUGAGAAGCACAUCUUGUCUUAAUUAUAAGAAUAAAAACAAAAGCAUUAACUUUUGACAUCCCACUGUACUUUCACCAAACUAUAAAGGACAGCCGAUAGUUUAGCUAGUUAUUUCUAUUCAAUGUAUAACAUACAGCCCUCCUCUUGGAAUCCCAAGAUGGAGACACCAUUACAGACAACUCCAAACAGCCUCUUCUGUGAUACUGUUUUCCUUGUCCGAACUUAGUUUUCCUUUGUUGCUGCUGCACUGCUUGUAAACGGUAUGUGACGGUAGCUUCCUCAUCAGCCACUCAGCCAAUGGCAGACUGCAUACGGGUUUAUAGGAGACCAGCCGCCAUUUUAAACAUGAUUUAUGUAUGCAUUGACUUAAACUUGUGUCUGUUUGCAUUGAAUACUGUCCGUUCUAUGGUAUAACAAAGAAAUUAUAGCAGAAUAGUAUCCCAACAUCUUUCUUACCUAUCUACUUGGAGUUAUUUUUCAUGGGCACAUCCAAGAUGAAUUCAACUUUCAAGAAACCUUGGAUAUUGUUUAAUCAUCUGUGGAGGAACAAAGAAUGUGCUUGAUUACUUCGGUUGAAUAGCUUUAUUCUGGAUCUCUCUUAACUAAAGCUAAAUCCAAAGACCUAUGAAGGACAAUAACCAGCAAAUCGUAAAGCUCAGACCGACUUAUGGGAAUAGCGACCUCCUUUUUUUUUACCCAAAAAAAAAACCAAAAAAAAAAAAACCCAAACAAACAAAAAAAGAGGAGAUGUGGCAAUGACAUAGCUAUGGGGGAACAAAAUAUUCUGAUGUUUUUCUUGCUUGUCACCAUAUUUAAGUAUUUUGUGAUCUUUGUUGAUUAUGCUUGGCCUACUCUAUAUUUAUUAUGGGAAUUAUUUCUCUUUGUUAUUGUUUGUUAUUUCUUUCCUGACAUGUUUGGGCUAUAACCCACUAUACCGGUUAUCAAUCAAUCUAAUUAGAUCUAGACCCAAGCCCAAAGUCUUAGCUCUUGUUAAAUAUUGGUUCAAAAUUGAGCUUCUUUUGGCUUCCGUAGAGCCGGUGUACCAUCUUGGGCUUUGAACACAAGUUUAGCUGAAGCUAAAACUGCAGGGUCAGGCUUCUAUUGAUGAUCUUUCAUGAUUAUUUUGACGACAUUCCUGAUUUUGGUUGCAAUCCACCUGAAUUUGCUCCUGAGCAAAUCCUAUUGAAAUGAAUGGAAGUUGCGCAAGAACACAGAUAUAUGCGACUGUCAUGGAUUUCAAUGGGGUGGGCAUAAGAGCAUCUUCCACUGGGUUGUCUCUUUUGUUUUCUAGAGUUUAAUUUUGCUUAUUUAUCAAUCCUAGAAUUGUAGUGCAUCCUAGAUGCAAAUCUGAGGUCAGCACGUAAAUUUAACGUUAGGGAUGGGGGGCGGGGGAGAAUUGGUAAAGUUUUCAGACUCUGUUACAGACCCAAAUGGGGGAAAAGACAAGUUACCAAAAAUAUUAAAGAUCCCCCACCCCUCUCCCCAAACUGAGGUAUGUUUUAUAUAAUAUAAUUGCUUUCAAUGGUUUAUAAAAUGAUCAGCCCUUAAGUUAUUUAAGUUAAUUCCUCCUUCUCACCUCACUCAAAAAAAUAAAACCAAAAACCAGUGAGGCAUACCUUUUUAAUUAUUAUUAUGGCACAUAAAAAGCCUUCAUAAUAUAACUUAUUUAUUUAACUUAUUCAGCAUCUACUAAAGGUGCCCUUGUAUAGUUUAUAUUUUUAUUUUUUUUAUAAAAUCAACUUAAAGCACUACAAUUUAUUUGCUGUCAGAACAACAAAGUGAUGUUUUUUAUUUUUUUAUUUUUGGACAAGCAAGGAAUCUUUUAUCUAAAACCAUGCAUUCAGGAACAACAGGGGAUUUAAUUAAAAUAAUAAUAAUAAUAAUAAAUAAAAAAAACAAGACACUGCAACACUUUGCCUGAACUUUGUGGCUUUUUAAAAACCUAAGCUGGGGGGGGGGGAAUAUAUAAAAUAACAACACGCAAAAAAUAAAUAAAUAAAUUUUAAAAAAGAGAGAAACCCUUAAAGUAGCUGCUUCCAAGAAUGAACUUCGUGUGUGUGUGUAAAAAAAAUAAUAAAAAAAAUAAAAAGAUUUAAAAAAGAAAACAGGAAAAAAAGGAGAAAAAAACUUUCUAUUUCUAGUGAGAACCAAAGAGGCUACCUCACUGACUUUUUCCAUUUGUAAUUUUAAUCGUGUUGAUGAUACCAAAGAUACCAAAGAUUUCUUUCUCUGUGCGGUCUGCAUUUUGCUUGUGCUCUUUAUCGUUUUUAACUGUUUCCUCUUUUACAUCCAGUAUGUACAGCUGCAACUCAGAAAACCCACCCCCCAAAGAAACACCGUUAGAGGGAACUGCUAAUUCUGAUGUCAUUUUCUGUGUUUACCUUUCUGCCACUGCGCCAGCCUCCCCCGACUUCUAAAUAAAGUUGCCUCUAACAGCUUGGUCUUAAGCACAUCCGUCCUGAUACAGCAAAGGAGAUCCAUGUACAGAAGGAAGGUUGUGUACACGCAGCUGAUGGGGAUACACAUUCACAUCUGCGUCAUGAUACUCACCCCAGCCACACUGAACUGGACUGGAUGGGUGAGGAUGCACGUCCUUUUCUGGAAUGCCCUAAACCAGAUGGACGGGACGUGCCUUCCUCUCUUGACUGGCCUGAGUUGAAAGGUCAGGGAUACGCUUCCCUUUCUGACGCAGCCAGAGCCAGUUGGACAGGGGUACGCAUCUCUUUCUUUUUGUGGGGAGCAGCCUAAGAGAGAGAGAGAGAGGGGGGGGGGCUUUUCUUUUCUGGAGCUGCCUGAACUGGAUGGAUGGGGUUACAUAUCCCUCUCUGAAACUACUACUUGAUAUGUGGGACUAGUUGUCCAUGGCUACAACCAGAUGGAGGCAAUUAGCUGGGAUCCAAAGAACUAAUGAAGAAGGCAGUGGCUCGGUGGUAGGGCACAUGCUUUGCGCACAAAAGGGCUCAGGUUCCUUCUCUGGCAUUUCCAGUUUAAAGUAUCUCCUGCACAGGGCUAGGAAAGGUCCCAGCCUCUGACUGUGGAGAACUGCCGCCGGUCAGAGUACAUAAUGGGCUAGAUGGGCCAAUGUAUAGAUGACUCAGUAUAAGGUAGCUUCACUUGUUGGUCAUACAGCAAGAUCCUGGACUUGUUGACCUUGAAGAGCGUCAACCCCAAACCUGCACAACAAAGCACUUGUGGAACAUAGUUUCAAAAGCUGCUUGUGAUAAACAACAUGUGGGAAAGAUCUACUGUGCAAAGGUUGGUGGGGGUGGAUGCAACUUCCUCUGGGGUGUGCUUAAAAUAGAGCUUUGGGUCCCAGCCAUUAUGCCCAUCCAGCAAAAGGGAAGCAGAAACAUGACUGAGACUUCCCCAUGUGCCCAGUGGGCCUUGGGCAUUGUGGGGCAGUACAUGAAAUGAUUUUAAUGGAACUUAACAUCCACUUGAGACGAGCAAUGCAGACAAACCUAGCUGGGUUUAAGGCCGUGAUCCAAAGCUCAGAUACUUGGGUGUAAGCUCCACUGAAAUCAAUGCAACAUCCAUGUUUAGGAUUGGGGUGAAAGAAAUGAAUGAAUGGGCUUAACCAUGCCUUUCAGUAUGCUUAAGUUAAGACCACAUUAGUGAGACUUGAUCCAGAGCAACCAUGGCUAGAUUAUACAUGUCAUUGACCCUGUUCAGACGACAUGCUAAGCCAUGGUGGUUAAGCUAAACAUUAUGGCUUAGUGUGUCAUGUGAACCAUGACUUAGCAUGCCAUGUGACCAUUCCUAACCAUGGUGGCUAUGUAACCAUGGUUUAAAGCAAACUAAUCAUUUGCUUCAAAAGUGUUAACAGUCUAACCAUGGCUUAAUGCGUUGUCUGAACAGGCCCAAUGGCUUCAAUUUGCCCUAGGUGCACUUAAGUUUUUCUGGAUUGUGCCCAUCUUGAGAUGGAGCUCCAGAUGGUUUGCUCCAUCACACACAGAAAGCUCUGGCAUGAGCUGGUUUCCUUUUUCACUUCAUUGGAAGGGAAAACUCUACAAGGCGCCCCUUUAAACGCAUUAAACAGUUCUCUGCAUUGAAGUGAACAGGGAACCUUGCACACAUGAGAGCUGUGUGCACAUGUGUAUCCCAUGACUACCACAACUUCUGUACAAGGACCCACUGGAUCAGAGUAUAUGUGUUUGAGAUCCUGGUGUGGGGCCUAGAAAUGAAAGAAGGCGAUUGUAUUGAACAUGAGUUAUAUUUUAUUACCUUUUUACUUUAUUUUGUUCCUCGAAAAUUAUCUUGACUGAUUUUUCUGCCGGCUGCUAAAAACUUACUGGAAAUUUCUGAGAGAUUUGACACAAGAUCUAUAGGGGGGAUUCAAUCCUGGUAUUGGUAUCUCCCAAUAGUUAAACAUGAAAAAGAGAUAUGACUUUCUCUCCCUAAGACAGAAGUCCUGGUCAUGAUGAUGGUUACAUGGAAACCUCUAUGUUCACGAACAGUAGGCCGCUAAGCACCAGUUGCUAGGGAGUAACAGCUUGCAACAGCUGUUUCCUCCUUCUUCUUUGUGGGCUUCCAAGAGACAUCUCAUCUGCUUGGUCACUGUGAGAAGCAGGAGGCCCUCCAGAUUAUUGGACCGCAAUCCCAUCAUACCCAACCAGCAUUGAGAUGGCAGGAGUUGCAAUCCAACACAUCUGAAGGGCACCAGACUGGGAAAGGCAGAGAUAGACCUUAGGUCUCAUUCAACAGGACUUCCCUGUUCUUAUGACUACACUGAUAAAAAUAAAGCCGAAACAGACUAAGCCUAGUAUUGACAUCUUGAGAUUAAUUCAAACUAUUCAUAAAGGUUUUGUUUUACUUGGACAAACAAACAAACAACAAACACAAAUUAGGAAGUUCAGGUUUAAGAUUGAAGUCUCUUUUCUUCUCUUCAGUUAGUAUGGCAUUUGGCUUUUAACUAGGCCCUUAAAUAGCUUAUGAUAAGCAUCGAAAUCAUAAAUAUAAUUAAAAUAUGCUAAAUGUGGGGGAAAAACAAAUUCCACAAAACUAAUAAAAGUCAUCUUGUAGGAAGAAAAUCAGAGGCAAAAAUAAAAAGGCCUUGGGUAAUGAUAUCUCACAACUUUGAAUGGCCUUAAAAGAGGAUUGAGUAAUUCAUGAAGGAUAAGGCUAUCGAAGGAUACUACUGAUGAUUAUAUGCUAUUUCCAAUAUCAGGGGCAGUAUACCUCUGUAUGUCAAUGGCUAGGAAGCCAGACAGGAAGGUGCUGUUGUACUCAUGUCGUGCUUAUGGGCCAUUCAUUGGCACAUCUGGUCGACCGUUGUGCAAAUAGGAUACUGGACUAGCUGGGCUUUAGAUCUAAUCCGAUACAAUUUGGCUCUUCUUGUUGUCCUUAUGAACUGCCACUUACUUGCUCACAUCUCCCUGGUUGGCUCCCUGAUCCAUUUCUAGAUCAGCACUUAAAUUCUAGUCUAGGAUGGCCUACUGCUCCCAAAUCUAGUGUCAACAAGAUGUGCAGCUAUUUCUCUUGCUUUGCUUCAGAUUUCAGAGUUACUGGGACAAAAAGCAAAAUAAUGGCCAUUUCCUAAUUUUUAAGGAAAAUAGAAAAACUAAUGCUUACUUGGGUCUAUCUUUUUCUUUCUUUCUUUGUCCCAGUAGACAUGGGAAGAUCCUGAAAUAUAGUCAAUAGAUACUGAAGUUAAUCUAAUUACAUCUGCAUAACUCGUCCUGCGUGCCAUUUUAAGGGUGUUCAGGCCAAACUAGACGAAACAGCAAAUGUGUCAUUUUCUGUUCCGUCGUUGGGUUUUGAAACAAUAGUAGGUGCAGAGAGAGGGGGAAGUAAUUUCAUCCAUUCAAUAGAAACUUCCUCCCCAGGGCUAACUGACAGUCAUGGGUAGGAGUGGUUUUCUUUGAGACCGCAGCAAGGAAGGAAAGAGUAUCCCCAUCCCCUCUGUAUUUGUUGUUGUUGUUGUUAAUAAUAAUAAUAAUAAUAAUAAUAAUAAUAAUAAUAAUGCAGCAAGAGACACAUUUAGCAUCAUGCCUGCUCUGGCUCUUAUACAUUUCAGGCUUUAAACCAACAACAUCCCGCCCAGUUGUUUCCAACUUGCCCACCAACAUGCGCGAAGUCAAAACUCAAACAGUUUUGUUCAAAAUCCAGCAAGAUGAAGAGUGCUGGCCAACUCCAAACUUGCUCACCAUGACUUUCUAACAUUUUGGCUGGUUCCAAUUUAUGAUGUACAGGACCAUGUCACUUUUUCAAUCUCAAACGCAAACUCAAGCAAAAGCACUUUUGUUUGAGAAAUGUUUACAAAUUCCUGAAUUUGUGAUAGGAAAAAAAUGUGUACUUUUCAAAAAUGCACACUUUGAAAUACACACACACACACACACACAUUUUCAUACUUAAGCCAAUGGGGGGGAAAGUGUGCAUCUUUGAAAAUUACACACAGAAAUGCUCACUUUUCCCAUUUGAAAUGCGCACUUUCCUCAUUUGAACGAGCCGAAAACAGCAUCGCAAACUGAAAGAGGAGCAAGCCAAACCGAGUGCUUUUUGGAGAAUUUAGAUGAGCUCGAAAAUUGCUGGUGCUCGAAUUCCUAGCCCUGCUACAGAAACAGCUACCUCUUAAGCGUCGUUCUGAAACAACCAUUCUGUGACUUUGGGAUUAUUAUCUUUCCAAAACUGCUCUCUAAAAUGUUAAUGCCAGAGGGUGGGUGAGAUGGAAUUGAGGAAGACAAACUACAGAAAGUUUAUUGGCUAACCAAACUGUUUCGUGCUAGAGUCGUAGUCUCCCAGUUCUUUUCCAAUAAGAUUUUAGCAGUUCGGCAUUAUUUUCUUUACAGGUAAACUGUGUCCUCCAUUGGUUCAACACAACAAAACCCCACACCUUAAAAUAUUCUUCCUCCUGCCCCCACUCCAUCCCCUCUAAACAGCAGCACGGGUUUAUUUCCCCCUUUCUUGGAUCCUUAUUGUGUACGUUUUAUGGCUAUAUGCCUUCAACAUAGAGCUAUAAUGAUUCUCAGGAUGCCUUCCACUGAAUGGAAGAUAAUGACAGAUCCUUUGUGUUAACUGUUAACCCUUCCCAGCUGGGCUCUCUGGAAACUUCCGGCCCUGCAAGGGAAUGUCAAAGAGGGCGAAAAACCUGAACACAGAAAAAAGUCAAAAUUGGCAGGACCCUUUGACGGCAAUUGCAUUUUUUAUCAGACUCAUGCUUCACGUGCAAAGUGUGAAUUUACCACAGGACGAGUGCCUUGCUUGAACCAAAGCAACGAUUUUGCCAGUCUAGACCUUUCUGUGCUUUUUUUUUAAUUCUUCCUGUGAAUACCUCAGCGUCAACUGGGCCGCCAUAUUGUAACUGGUGGGCUUAUUGUACUGUGGUGCUUUGCAAUGCAACCCUGCAAAGAACACAAUUUGUAAUAAUAAUACCAAAGGUCCUUUUUCCCUCUUUUUCUCUUCCUCUCCUCUCCUCUCUAUUUCUUCAUGGUUCCAAAGCUUUAAAAUAUAAACCUGGGCAUGUUGGCAAAGCAGACCGCUCAAUUCCUUACCGAAUUUUCUCAGAUAUACCUCAUAGAUAAUAGUGUUUAGAGUAAUGUUAUUAUAGCGUAUGUAAUAAAUUAUUCACUUGUUUCAUUUUGGUAACUGUGAUUUAAAAGAAAUAAAAAAAAGCUUUAUACGUUUUAGGUUGUGCUUUUGUAAUAGACAGGAAAAAAAGGUGCGCUUAAAGAUGUAUGUCCGUCUUUCUUCCCUUUGGAGUUUUAUUUAUUCUGGAUUGGGGAAAGUUGCAGAAUUGAGCCCAAAGUUUACAGUUUUCAUAUUUUGCUGAAGAAACAAUCUGUGUUAAUUUGCUCUGUUGAAAAAAAAAAGUAUGAUUAUUUUCGACAUUUGUGCUACUUGGUCUGAACAAUUAAUUGUUCUGUGUUAACAGUGUAGUAUUAUAAUUAGCAACUGCUAUAAUUUCAGUGCUAUCAUUUUGAUGCAUGAGGCAAAAGAAAAAAAUAGCAGUGUAAUGCAUUGUGGUUCUUAAUAGCAACUUUUUUUUUUCAUUUGGAAAUAGAUGUUUCCCUUUCAUUUAAUGAAAUUUAUUUAUGCAUGGGAGCCUGUUAUCCGUUAGCGGUUGUGGAACAGUUUGUGUAUACAUGCAUUUAGACUGUGAAAAUGUGCACAGUUCUGUCUCAUAAAGUUGAAAUAUCAGUUUGUAAAGCGAAGGUAUUUCCAUUCAAAUAUGCGUUUAGAUCAGUGCACAUUUAAAAAAGAAAAAAUACACCCAAUCCAAAUUGGAUUCUAAUUAUAAUAUUUAAAAUGAAUUUUAAAAACAUAGAUUGGCGAAUUGGUAUUUCCCUGUUUCUAAGACAAAUGUCAUUUCUAUGUGGAUGUUUUGGAAAAGACACCUCUUAUUGGGAAUACAAGUCAGCUGUGCAUUUUUUUUCCAAUACAAAAGCAGUUCCUUUGGCUUUAUGGUUAAAAAGAAAUAAAAUCAGCAAUACAUGUAAUAUUAUUGCAAAUUUAUAUUGCAAUUCUGAGACGCAGCAACGUUUUCCCAGCUUGCUCGAAAUGAAUGACCACAUUGAUAUAUGGGUUUUGUUCCUUUUGGGGUGUGUUGUAACAAGAUGGUCAACAUUUGACAGGACCAAACCCCACCGGAAUUAGCAGGGUCUGUUACAAUUUUGUUGUCUGCUGUGAUUGACAACAAGCUUGUUUGGCAGUUCAGUCUAAAACAACAGCCCCAACUCAGUUAUAAUUGCUACUCAUCUAUCUACCUUGCCUAUGCAACUGUAUUUCAAUUCUCAAAUGCAUUUGAAGGGUGUUUGGUUGUUAUCUCACCCACCCACCCCCCCAAAAAUGCAGGCUGUCUUUUUCAGGCCUUCACAGGACAAAGUAAGGUGUCAGGGCCUAUAAGUUAAUAUUUCUGAAACUAUUUUGGAGACAGGUCAAGAGUACUAAAUGUAAGUGCUUUCAGCCUGAGCGAUAGAAUUUUCUUUGUUUGGAGUACCUUUGUUGAUUCACACACUUCACGCAAAAGUGGAAACCCACACGGAACCAAUUAUCUGAUCCACCAUUUUGUAAUUGAAGCACAAGGCCAGCUCAACUAUGUAGGCAACUGCUUGAGGGCUUUUCUAUCAGCUGUAUAGCAUGAGUCCAUGCUAUUGUGCUACAUCUGGCACAGCUAACUCCUCAUGCGAACUGAGAGCGUGCCACAGAAUUGUUGUUAUUUAACUGGCAGUUGUGGGGUGCACUCAUAGAUAUGGGGUGCACAUGGUUUACAAGGGAAAGCCUUUGACCCGUCUCUGCACCACAUCGUCCUACCAAUGGUAGCAAAGAAUAUUUGAACCAGCCUUGACAAGAGGGACGUAUUAUAUAGCAGAAUUGCUUGGCACUGAUGCACUGAUUAUCUUUUAUAUUUCGAUACAUAAUUGAUCCCAUUUGCAAACAAUCUGCCUAAAUCCAUCUCUCCAACCACACCAUAAAGCCAAAGAAACUGCUAAGUCCACUUUACUUUGUUUAGGAGAGUGCAACUUAGAAAUAGGGGUGUGUGGAAAAUGGCAGUCUGCUAUACAAGACGACGUCCAACAUGAACAUCAGUAGCGUGUUUAUAUGUCUUUUGUCAUUAAGAAUAUACUGGACGUGUGCUUACAUUAGUGCAAAGGAACAUAUUUUUAUUUGGCCUUAUAAUCGUAGAUUGUGAUAAAUGAAAGCUUUGUACUAUAGUCAGUUUAUUUUAUUUUUUUCCUAUUUAUCUGCCAAAGAUGGUAAUGGAUACAUGGAUUUUAAAUAGGUUUCUCUUUUCUUUUUGGUAAGACAGUUAAUGAUUGUAAUAGUGUUAAAACUUUCCAAAAGCUUUAUAUGUUCUUCUGCAAUAAGCCAAACCAAAUAUUUCUUUCAAGUAAACUGCAGUCAUGCUAACAUUCACAAAUCAUACUUAACCAAAAUGCAGUUGUUGUAAUGUUCGCAUAAAUGUUCAAAUGCAUUUUUUUUCUUUCAAUCCAAAGGAAAUAAGGGGUACGUGAGAGAAUGGCUAUGCCGCCUCCUGUUUAAACAAACAGUGGGUAGUCCAGCUUAUGAAGUUUUGCCAAGAAUACUUGUAAUUUAAGGUAUAUUUUAUAAUGCCAUUAUAUGUCUUGGGUUUCGUUUUGUUUUUGUUUUUAUUUUGUGAAGGUGAUAUGUUAAAUCGAGUGUUCCAGACAAAUAAAGUAGCUACAGAAUGAAUGUUAUUUUAUUAUUAAAUGGUUUUUACUCAAUUAUUUGUGCCAACAGACAUCCUUUACCUUAAUAACAAAUUACUGUAUAUGUGUCAAAAGUCUUAAUUUAUAGUUCUUGAUGUGAAAAUAAAGAAAAAAACACUUAUGGUUUG